UUUAGUGAAUCUUUUGUCUUUCUUCUCACGGGGAAAGUGAUUGAGAAAGGAAUCUCUGUAGAUGCAUGCUCGAGGCGAACUUUUGCCUAAUCUGUCAUCCGGUGUUUGAUCCAUUGAUUUAUGACUCUUUGGGUGAAAGGAUUAAGUGCAGGGUAUAAAGUUCGAAGGUAAAGAUUCAAGACUUGCCGGUGUUACUUUUCUUCAUGACUUGACUCAGAGUAGAUUUCCUCUGCUGUUUCCUGAGUUCUCGAUUUUUGCGCUUGACUAUAAAAGCAUUAGUUGGGUUCAUUUUUACAUUGCUUAGCAUAAUUAAAUCUAUCCAGUAGGAAGGCUAGGAAAUUGGUGCUCAUCAAACUUCUUUAAUCGAUGAAGCAAAGGGAUGCAAGACCAAAUAAUGCCAGAAGGAUAAGUCCACUUUGCGAGGGUUUCGAUCUUACAGUCAAAAAGAGAAGCCUAGGAAUGUGGCAAAACUUGGCUGGGCAUUGGUUCAUCUGCCCUAGAGGUUGGGAGACUCGAGUUAAUCAAAUCUACUACGGGGGGAAUUUUUGUGCAGGUUGGCUUGCGGGGAAGGCCAAGCAUCUUCCAUUCAGUCUUGUUUACAACCAAGAUAAGAGAGCGGAAAACAUUUUCCCGAUCAAAUUCAUUUUCUUUGAGGAUCCGCUUGUAUUAGUAAUCAAGUGUAAAGCUGGUGUUCCAGAUGUUGCAAUGUGGAGCACGGGGGCUGGUGGACGUUCAUGAUGCUGCGAUGGUGAGCAGGGCGGCAAUUGCACCCCUGCACUCGAGUAAUUUUUAUUUUUAGUGAAGGCGCUCACAGAUCUCGGUUAUGGAUGAGGCCAAAACAUGGCAGCUCAGUAGCGAGGGCUGAUCUUCGAAUGGUGCGUUCAGUUUACCUCAGAGAAAGCAACUAAUGCAUUGCUAAUUCCUAAUCGAUACUGCAUGCAUCAACGCCGUUACCUCCCGACACAAGGGAUGAAUUUUUCCAUUGUUUAAUGUAUUCGUGUUUGCCCGGGGGAUGGUCGUCAUUGUUUUGACUUUAGGCCUCAAUAAUUUCGAUAAUUUAACAGUUUAUUCGGUGAUAUGUUGGUAUUUGAUGGAAAAACAAAGGUAUCCCCAACGCAUUGAAAGUUUUUUUUGGUCUUAGGGGAUAUCAUGAACUCCUUUUUUUUCUUU